AUGAUAGAGGAAAAAAUAAGAGGGAUUCAGGGUCCCUCAGGUUCAUUUGGUGGGUCUGAAAAGAAGGUCAAGUUUGAUGGUUCAGUCCGAGCUAAGGGUUGUGAGGCGUUUCUAGCUUACAUUGGUGUAUCUGAUUCUGAGGGUUAUUCGGUCAAAGGUAUUAGAACUGUUAAGGAUUUUCCUGAUGUAUUUCCUGAUGAACUCCCUGGGUUGCCUCCUAGCCGUGAGGUCGAGUUUGGUAUUGAGCUCCUACCAGGAAUAGCUCCAGUGUCCAUCUCCCCUUAUAGGAUGGCACCGAAAGAGAUGGUGGAGUUAAAAGCUCAAAUUCAAGAACUAUUGGACCAAGGGUUCAUUCGACCCAGUGUGUCUCCAUGGGAAGUUUCCUCGAGAAGUGAAGGAGUUUUGGUGAUAUUUAGCUGUCAAAAUCGUUUUCUUAUCACUCGAUUUAAGGUUCCCUGGAUAAUGCAGCUUUUUAGCAAAAGAGGGUGUGGCCAGCCUUCGAUUAACAUUAUUGAUGAGUUAAACUUCAUUCGUGGAUUAAGGCAAAGUGUUGUUGCUGUUCUUUUUGGGACUAAGUAUUAG